CGCACGCACACAGCCUUGGCGCACGCGCACAACCACAAGCCGAGUAGCACCUAUCUUGCCAAAAGGGCUUGGCUAGGGUUUAAACGGUUUGUACCAUGUCGGAAAUGGCAGAACUGUCCCAGCUGUAUGAAGAGAGCAGUGAUCUGCAGAUGGAUGUGAUUCCUGGCGAAGGUGACCUUCCCCAGAUGGAGGUAGGCAGCGGGGUCCGGGAGCCAUCCUUGGGCCUCUCCCGCAACGGGCCCCCGCCACAGCUGGAGGAGGAAGGCCCAAUGGAGGAGGAGGAGGCCCAGCCAAUGGCGGCGCCAGCGAGUAAACAGCGCCUUGCCAAGGGGCCCAACCCUGGGGCGCAGGCGGGCCAGUUUGCGGGCCCGGACUUCGAGAGCGAGGACGAGGUAUUUGAUGACUGGGAGGACGACUAUGACUACCCGGAAGAGGAGCCGCUGAGUGGAGCCGGCUACAGAGUAUCGGCGGCCCUCGAAGAGGCCAACAAGAUGUUCCUGAGAACAUCCAGAGCAAGAGAAGCAGCUCUGGAUGGCGGGUUUCAGAUGCAUUAUGAGAAGACCCCGUUUGAUCAGUUGGCUUUUAUUGAAGAGCUCUUUUCACUUAUGGUUGUCAAUCGUCUAACCGAAGAACUCGGCUGUGAUGAGAUUAUUGAUAGAGAGUAAUUUAGAUGCUGUUGAAAGAGGAGGAAACUACUUGAAGACAGACCCAACAUUUCACUGUCUUUGGGGUUCAUUCCAAAUGGUUCUGUGCCAAUGAAAAACUUGAUUAAAAAAAUAAAAGUGUUUGUUUUUCGGAAUAGAAGGCAAUAGAACAGUGCACGGUUCUGAAAAAGUAAGAGGAUCAGUAAAGAAAUAAAGGAUUUUAAGACGAUUGAAAUCUGUUUUCAAGAAUGUCCUAAAAUAUGCUAUGGCAUUAUUUUAUUGAUCCAGAUUAUUUUCCAUGUAUUGGGGAAAAUACCUUUUGUAUAUGUUUUAUUGUAAAGAAGGCUUCACAAGGAUAAAUCAUGACCAACAUAAAAUGGCCAGUACAAGCCCAUGAUACUAACUUUAUAAAGAGAACAGAAUAUUAAACAAAGACACAAGAUAUCUUUGAGUUAUUUGGAUGCAAACCUGCUGAGAAAACAGAAAAUUCCACUUUGUGAUUGAUUUAAGCCAUCAUUAUCAAAGGCUAAAUUUUCAGUGUAAGAUAAUUGAGAAUUCUUGAUUAUCCCAAAGGAUGAGAAGCUCGAAAAGAAAUAUGUAUCACAUGUGCUGCUAUAUCUUAAAAUGUGUUUCCAAAAGCAUAUUUCAUUUGUACACAUAUCUUGAUCAUUUGUAAAGCUACUGUGUGUUCUGUGAUUUAGAAACUCUAUUGUCAUAACCAUUUUUUAAAUGACAUAAAACAUUUUAGAUUUAGACUUAAAAUAUAUAUGAACAUACAAAGUGACUUUAGCACCUUUAUAUACUAGAGAACUUUUGUUUUGCUUGCUUUGUUUUUUUUUUUAACUUGAAAGGUGAAAGACUAGUUGAGCUCUAUACUUCAAAAACAGAAUUGUCAAGUAAAAGGAAAAGCUCUAUAUCUAAAAAGACUUGUGAAUAAUUAUUCUGUUAGAAUUUAAAGGUUUAAACCUACCUAGGAAUUCUGUUCAGUAUCUAAAGUUUUCCUCCCUCUCCUCCUCUACUUAAGCUUGUUAUUUGUUAUGCACCAGCAUUGGAGAUAAUAAAAUUUCUUGUUUUGUGUA